AUGCCUGACGUUGAAGAACCGGUCAUGAGAUCGUCUGACGAAGAUUCUUCUGAACAAGAAACUCCUCAACCCCGUCCGGUACGAGAUGGCGGAAGCUAUUUCCUUCCGAGUACCGAAAUUGCAUAUCGUGGCAAUUAUAUCAUUAAUUUGCCUGACGACCCUUAUGGUUCGUGCAAUCGUGAACAAGCAUAUCGUAUCCACCAUCAUUAUUCGGUUGAAUAUCAAAAGCUCUGCAAAAAGUUUGAUGAAGAAGACAGAGUUGGUGGCGAAGAACCCCCAGAAGUGCCUGAAGAAGGAUUGGAAGAGGAAGACAUUGAACGCCCAACGGGUACAAUGGUUGAAAAAUGGAAGAAUCGUGGUUGGGAGCGUCAAUUGAAAGUUUUGCAGUCUUAUGAUAACGAAGAGGAUCCCACCAAAAGAUUGACAGCAAAGCAAUGGGAUAAUCUCUUGGAAUGGGUAUAUCAAGCUUUGUUGCCAGAGAAUAUUUUGGCACUCCAGGAAGUAUUCUUCAAUGCUCGUGGCGGAAAACCAAAUCAGCCAAACUGGUUGCAGCGACCAACUACCGAAAGUCAAAUUGAUUCCUCUCAAUUGAUCUGUCUUCAACGCAUUUUUGAGCUCAAUAACCUGGGAACUAGAGGACGGCUGGAUCAAAUCAUGCACCGGAUUUGCUGUCUUGAUAUCUUCAUCGCACAACGUGAGCAAGUCAAGGUGGUCACAGAAAAUUCCCCACCCACUAAACGUAUCCGCGUCGAUAAGUCAGAUCGAACUCGAAAUACUCGUAUUCAAAAAAAGGUCAAUGAUGAGCUACUUCGACUUUACCAAGAGCAAACACGUACGACAAUGACCACGAUGACAACUCUCAGGAACUGGUUGAAAGAUGGCAAGAAAUGGAACUAUUUUUUUGAUGAUGACUACCUACGCUCUUGUCCACUUGCUAUGAUUUGUCUCCUCCCAACGGAUGGAAAAUUGACAUUUUCACAAAAGUUCCCUUUACAUGUAUGGCACUUUUUUGUCGCUAAUCUUCAUCACCUCUGUCCCCGUCUAAUGGAUAUCGCAAAAUCCUUGGAAAACUCCAUCAAAUCAUUCAGGACAUCUGGCAGAAUUGAAAAACCAUUCCAAUAUUGGGAGCUUAUGCCUGCAGUUGACUUUCAUGCGGUGGAUGGUUAUAAAAGAUAUCUUAAGUUUGAACAGGAUAUGACCGUUCAGGAAGGAAUCAAUCUGAUUCCUCAAUUUGGCAGGAAAGGGGCUGAUUUCAAGAGAUAUAAAACUUUGGCAACCAACGAACGAAAUCGGAUUCAAAGUGUUCCUCCUCAUGAAGAAAUAGAGGUCGCUGGCCCCAGUCAAUUUGCUAUCGUACCAAGACGUAGACCAACACUCAGAACUGGUAUUGCCCCUAUUCGAGCAUCUGAGAGACUCAAAUCUCACCGAAAGGUUACUGUCAAUCAUGAUCCUAAUGAACCAUCACCAACCAGUUCGAGGGGAUUUGCGCUGGAAGUUAGACGGCCUCUCAUUGCAACUGCAACUGAUGUUGAAGAGAAUUUGGCGUUGGAUGAUAUUGAUGUACAAGAAUCCUGGAUGUCCGAUGGCGGAGGUGCCACACCAGCAUAUCGGCCAGACUCUGAAGCCGAAAAUACGCCAGACUUGACCAUGAUUCCAAGCUCGGUUGUUGACCUUCAUAGAGAAAUCCACGAUGUCAACAUGCCAGACUUUCUGGUCGAAGAUUUGAGGCGUGCUACAGUUGUUUAG